UGCUUGCUCAAGGCAUCAUGAUUCAUCAAUUCACUUCCAUUCAUAAAUAUGUUGGGCAGGCUUACUAGGUCCUUUCCCCUCCAACAUGCCAGUAGAUAUAAAGUACAAAAGUUGUACUCCGUAUGCAUAGAAUAAACCUCAACACGUCUCUCAUUCUCAAAAGGCUACGUCCUCCGUUUCCUGCAUUUCGUGAAAGAGGUCUCAAAACAACAGCUAAAAGAAUGUCUACCUUUCAAAUCCCAGAUAGUAAAGUGCAGGUAUCACUCUGUGAAGGUAUCACCAAGGAUGAAUUAUUGAGAUUUCCCGCCUUUGAAGUACAUACGAAACCCUCCUCAUUACCCCUCUUUACAAUAUUUACUAACAUUAUCUUCCUUCAAAGUCAUGGCACAGUCGCCUCACCGCAUCUCUUGCCCUACAAGACCGAUCCUCUGAUCAUCCAUUCUAUUCCGAUCCAUACCGUCUUCGUUCUAUCAAAAUUCAAUCACUCGACCGGUGGGGUAGCCGCAUCGGUUUCAUCAAGAUUAGUAGCAAAAUCGCAAAUGGAGCAGGCGAAACUCUGCCUGGGGAUAUCUUCCUCCGAGGACCAAGUGUGGGAAUGAUGGUUAUCGUUCAACCUGAAGAUGUAAAGGGUCCUGAUGAAGAAAGAUGGGUAGUAAUGACUGUUCAACCUCGACCUGCUUCAGGAAGUUUGGCAUUUAUCGAGUUACCGGCUGGUAUGGUUGAUGAUGGAACAUUUAAAGGUGCAGCUGCAAAGGAAAUCGAAGAGGAGCUCGGCUGGACAAUACCGGCGGAUCAACUGACGAAUUUGAGCGAGCUGGUUAUUGGUGAUGAGGCAAACAAAGAGGGAGAGGUGUUGCCGAGAGCGAUGUUUCCUAGUGCCGGGGGGUGUGACGAGUGUAUCCAGAUUUUCUUGCAUGAGAAGAAGAUUUCGAGGGAAGAGUUAAAGAAGACCACGGGGAAGCUUACGGGUUUGAGGGAUGAUGGCGAGAAGAUCACGCUGAAAUUAGUUAAGCUGGAGGAUUUGUGGAAGGAGGGCGCAAGGGACAGUAAGGCAUUGACUGCGUGGGCUCUCUAUGACGGUUUGAAGCGGACGGGAAAGUUGUGAAUAUCUAGCAUCAUGUCUACGAAAUUGUAGAUCCAAAUCUAUUGCAUUGCAUUCUUAU